UCCUUUGAAUACCCUGGAUCAGCUGGGGCUGGACCCCGGCAGGCCGGGAAACUCCUCUCUGUGAGAGACAAGUCCCAUUUGGGGCUACUCGGAGGCUUCGCGGCUCGGAUCUUCUAGACGGGGAAAGGCGCCUCGCCCUUCUGGAAAGAUUUCACUUCUCCACGCAGGGAUCUUUCACGUUAGUGGGUAGUGGACUGCGGCAGGGGAGUUAGGCGCUCAGCCCACCAAGGCAGAACGGACUUUCAAAGUGAGAGGAGAAACAAUCUUGGACCACUUGGUGUUCUGGUUGGGCCGUGCGGACCUCCAGGUGAAGACUCCCCGAUCCCCCUUCUGGCAUGAAGGCUCUCCUCACCCCAAUUAAGGAGGCGGAAUGGCAAUUUAAGUGUUUCAUUGAGUGGAAAUAUCAAGAAGUACUUAGGAUACCGAGAACUUGUGGACAGAACGAAAAGGGAAGGAAGAAGGUUCAAGAAGGUAAGCGAGAUGGGAGGAAGUGUAUCUAAGGCAACUGUAUUGGAGUGCGUGAUUAAGAAUUUUAAGAAGGGAUUUGAAGACGACUAUGGGGUGAACAUGACGCCUAACCGACUCCGCAUAUUCUGUGAGGUUGAACGGCCCUCUCUGGGAAUAGGAUGGCCACCAGAGGGCACCAUGGACUUAAAAACAAUAAAAGCAGUCUCUGCAGUAGUAACAGGAACGCCGGAGCAGCCGGAUCAAUACCCAUAUAUUGAUUCAUGGCUGUGGUUGGCUCGAGAUCCUCCCCCUCGGGCAAGACUCUGCAUUCAAAAAGAGAGAGGGAAAACAUUAAUGGCACAAAAAUCGACUGAUGACAAAAAAGAAAUUCUGCAGGAUCCGGACGGGAGCGAUUUGCCCUCUCCCCCAUACUGGAUGACGCGUCGGCCACCUAAUGCUCCACCAGGACCGGAGGCCGCCUUAAUGACCACGGAUCCAGGGCCUGCUGGGGCUCCACCAGUUGCUCCUGGGCCAAUUACCCCGGAGAUCGUAGAGCUGCCAUCUCGGCAGGCUCCGAUCCCGGCGGUAGGAACCUCUAGUCAACGUCCACAGGACUCAGCCUCAGCGGAACCUCCUAAGCAGUAUCCGCCUCUCCCGGUGAGUACUGACGGAAGAGGGGAAGGAGACACAGGAAUUCGACCGAGGCUGCGCUCCACCAAGGAGCCGGGGGAAAGCGUCCCGCAACAAGUGCCUCGCAGAGAGCUACAACAGCCUGUUCAGCAGACAGACACUACCACCAGCCUCCCCGCGCCUACUAUUACCAACCAUUUUCCUUUGUGGACCUACUAAAUUGGCAGAAACUCACUCCACCGUACUCGGAGGAGCCACAACGCAUGAUUAGGCUGAUGGAGACUAUUUUUCGAAUCUAACGUCUUACGUGGGACGACAUAAUCCAGCUGCUAGUCUCCCUCUUCAGCACUGAAGAAGACACAGGAUCCAUACUGAGGCUAGAAAAUGGCUACAAGAAGUGGCCCCCGAGUGUACUGUAAACCCACAGCGGUAGGCAGAAUUAGCCACCCCUGAUGAAAGGCCGGGUUGGGACUAUAACACAGAGGCAGAAGGGGCCACCUUGAGAGAUAUAGGGCGGCUAUUUUACAAGGUCUCAAGAGGGCGUCCCGUAAGCCUAUAAAUAAGGCAAAACCUACCGAAGUAGUCCGAAAGGAAACUGAAACACCUACUGAGUUUUAUGAAAGACUAUGCAAGACCUAUAGACUUUAUACACCAAUAGAUCCAGAGGCAUCGGAGAAGGCAAUGGCACCCCACU